CUUUGCAGUUGAUUGGCCAAUCUUUAAUUCUAUUAAAGAUGGAUUUAGAAUGUCAGGUUAGUUGGUGAUAACAUGGUUUUAAGUUGCUGAAGUAUCUAACAUAUGAUUUAUCAUAUAUAUUUUGAAUUUGAGGUAAUGCAACUGCUACAAAUGCUUAGUCACAUAAAAAGAUUAAGAGAGAAAGACAGACGGAUAUGUGUAGUAUGUUAUUCAGCUGAUGGUAUGGCUGAUACAGUGAAUCAAGGCAUGUUCUCUUUGGCAAAUUGUUAAUUGAGUCAAAAGCAACUUUUAAAUUGGGUUCUAUUUGCAAUCUUGUACUUUAUGUAUAUACUAAUGCUUAUCCUGCAACUUCCAAUUCCAAUUUAGUAAAAAGUAAUUUGCUAACAUCUCUGAUACAGGAACUCAUAAAUGCUAAACCACCACGUUCAGUGUUGAUUUCCUCUUAUGUGACUCCUAUGGAUUUGUUGUGCUAGAGAAAUCAUGGUCCACUCCCAACACUUUGUGAUCAUGUAUGAAAAUUGUGGCAUGUAUAUAAUGAAGAUUAUGGAGCCUAUCUUGCAAUUGAUGGAGCAAACCUUCAAUGCGGUGCAGAUAACUUUCAACUCUCUUUGGCUGAAGUCAAUCUUGCUUUCAGGAGAGAAUUGUGCAUCUCAUCAGGCUCUUUUGCUUCUCUAUUCCAGUGGAGAAUUGCAAGAAGUAUUUGGUGUAGAACUUUCAGCUCGUGUUUGGCAGUUGAUAAAUGUGACAAGAGUGGUUGGGUUACACAGUCAGGGGCAUAUUGAUCGCUUAGGCAUGCAUGCUUGCAAAUAUGCAAUACCUUUGGGAAAAGGUGUUAUCUAAAUAAUUCUCUUGACCUAAUAAUUGUUGAAUCUCAUGUGUAUUUGGAGAGAUGAAUGCAUGUUGUUUUUGUUUGAA